AUGUUACAAUCCCGUGGUAUUACGGAUUUGAUUUCAGCUGAAAAAGAAGCUCAAGGGCGCAUUGAAGAAGCGCGUAAACGCAAGAAUAAACGUCUAAAAGAAGCACAAAACGAAGCGAAAACUGAAAUUGAACACUUCAAAGGUGAUCGUGAUCAACGUUAUAAAAGCUUAGAACAGCAACAAUUGGGUAAUCGAAAUCAAAUGACCGAAGAAUCGAAUAGAACAACUCAAGUACAAAUAGGCGAUUUGAAAAAUCAGUACGAAACCAGUAAAGAAGCGUUACUUGAGCGUAUUCUCACCCUUGUCUGUGAUAUCAAGCCCGAAUCGCAUAUCAAUGUCCGGAUUGACUAA